AUGUCUCGCGGCUUGCUCCUGAUACGCUCUUCCCCGGCCGUCGGCACGGGGUCAUAUGGCACAGUCCAGUUGGUAAACGACAGGUCAGGCUCGGACCUGGAAUCCGAAGAUGAGGAGGAUUCGCAUCGCGAGAGUGUCUCGAGGAAGCGUCGUGGGAAGCGAGCUCGGUCCGCUCAGGAUCUCCGGGACGGUCAGGGUCGUUCCUCAGAUGAGCGACUACUCUACCAACAACGACGCAGCUCAGAAUGGACGCAUCGGAGAUCCUCCUCUUCCGUCGCCAGUGAAGUCGGGAUGGGCCUGGACGCCAAAGCAUCCUUCGCCAACCCGGCGAUGGCCGGGAGCAAGGCAGAGUCUUCCAACUCGAGUGCCCGCACUGCGAGUCUAUCAGAUGUCGAUCAAGAAUACAUACCCUCUACAGAAGAUCCUCCGGACAACUCUCCAUAUCCAGAGGUUCGAGCCUCAGUGCCGGCCACGGACAAUACUGCUUUAUCUAUAAGCACCCCUCGAAUGUGGACGCUGUCCUUGCUUUUUGCAAUAGGCGGCUCAGCUACCAAUCUUUUUUUCUCGUUGAGGUAUCCGAGUGUCGCCAUCACUCCGGUUAUUGCUCUGGUACUAGUUCAUCCCAUGGGAAAGCUUUGGGAUCACUUCCUCAAGCGUGCAGGUGACCAGGAACAGUUUUUCGUAAAUGGCUCACUCCAGAAGGAUGACAUUCCAAUGUUGCAAACGCGACUGCGACGCCUGCGGCUCUGGUUGGCUCAGGGCCGGUGGAACGAGAAGGAACACGCUUGCGUGUACAUUAGCAGCAACGUCUCGUUCGGAUUCGCCUUUGCGACCGAUGUCAUUGUCGAGCAGCACAAAUUCUACAAGCAGGAUGUUCCGAUUCUGUAUCAACUUUUAUUAACCAUUUCAACUCAAAUCCUUGGCUAUGCGUUCGCCGGACUGACCAGAAGGUACCUCGUCCGACCCGCUGCCAUGAUCUGGCCCGGUACCCUGAUGUCAACGGCCAUGUUCACUACAAUGCACAAGGACGAAAACAAGCCGGCCAACGGAUGGACCAUUUCCCGUUACCGAUUCUUCCUUUACGUCUGGGCUGCAGCGUUUGUGUGGUAUUUCUUUCCAGGACUGCUGAUGCCCGCGUUGAGUUACUUCAAUGUCGUUACCUGGUUCGCACCCAAGAAUGUAAUCGUCUCGAACCUCUUUGGAGUGGCUUCGGGACUGGGACUCUUUCCCCUGACCUUCGAUUGGGCUCAAAUCGCCUACAUUGGAUCACCCUUGCUCACUCCCUGGUGGGCAGCUGCGAAUGUUGUUGGCGGACUCAUCCUAGUCAUGUGGAUUAUCGCCCCGAUACUUUACUACCGCAAUGUCUUGUUCUCGGGAUAUCUGCCAAUUCUCUCCUCGGCCGUCUUCGACAACACGGGCAAGCCCUACGACGUGAGCAAAAUCCUGACGCCGAACUUUGUCUUCGACAAAGAAGCCUAUGACAACUACUCCAAAGUAUACCUUCCCAUCACAUAUGUGCUCUCUUAUGGGGUUCAAUUCGCUGCUCUGACAGCGUUGCUCACCCAUACAACCUGCUGGCAUGGCAGGGACGUCUGGCGACAAUCCCAACAAGCCUUCCAAGAAAGACAGGAAAAGAGCAGUGCAGGGUACCAACCUGUCCCAAGCUCUGCGGAGAAUGGUCGAUACGACCCGUCUCUGCGUAGGGUUGACAGUCAGUCUAUUAAGGCUGGGGGCGAAGACGUCCACAACCGUCUCAUGAAACGUUAUCAAGAUGUGCCAAUGACAUGGUACGCUCUGACAUUCGUCACUAUGCUGGGCGUCGGCAUCUUCGUUGUCGAGUACUACCCGGUCCAUCUCCCCUGGUACGGUCUUCUCAUGGCUCUUGGUAUCACUACCGUUCUCUUCAUCCCCGUCGGUAUCGUCAUGGCUAUCACGAACCAGCACAGCAGCCUCUAUUUGAUCUGCCAGUUGAUCUGUGGAGUAGUCUUCCCUGGCCGUCCAGUCGCCAACAUGGUUUUCGUGACCUAUUGCUACAUCUCUUCGGCACAAGGCAUCAAGUUCUCUUCGGACCUGAAGCUGGGCCAUUAUAUGAAGAUUCCACCAAGACUGCUCUUCAAGGUCCAGAUGGCGGCCACCUUGGUUUCGAGCUUGGUACAAAUUACGGUUCUCAACUGGAUGUUUAUCAACAUUCCCGGCAUCUGCACGCCGGAGGCCAUCAACGGAUUCAACUGCCCCAUUGCUCGUGUCCACUUCAACGGGAGCAUUCUCUGGGGUGUUGUUGGACCACAGCGCUUCUUCGGUCCUGGUGCUCUCUACCGACACCUUGUCUGGGCUUUCCUCAUCGGCUUCAUCGCACCGAUCCUAGUGUGGUUAGUGGGAAGGAAGAGCACGAAGAAGUCCGUUUGGCGCAGGAUCAAUCUACCCGUCCUCUUUGGCUCUCUGUCCUGGAUCCCCCCUGCGACCGGCUUGAACUUUUCGGUGUGGGCUGUGGUAUGCUUUCUGUUCAAUGGACUUAUGAGAAGGAGAGCCCCAGGCUGGUGGGGCAAAUACACCAUGACCAUGUCCGCUGCACUCGACUCGGGACUGGCUUUUUCACUGCUCAUUGUCUUCUUUGGCUUCGUAUAUCCAGGUUGGACUGAAGGAUUCAAGUGGUGGGGUACAGAGGUCUACAAACAAGGGUGUGACUGGCGCGCGUGCCCAUGGUUGAAGCUGGGUCCAGGAGAAAAAUUCGGGCCAUGA